GUUACUCUAUAUCCCCAAGUGACAAAAGAGAGAAUUAAAAAAUGGGUGAUGCUGAGAAAGGCAAGAAGAUUAUUGUUCAGAAGUGUGCCCAGUGCCAUACCGUGGCAAAGGGAGGCGAGCACAAGACUGGCCCAAAUCUCCAUGGUCUAUUUGGGCGGAAGGCAGGUCAGGACCCUGGACUCUCUUACACAGAAUCCAACAAGAACAAAGGCAUCUCUCAGGGAGAGGAUACACUGAUGGCGUAUCUGGAGAAUCCCAAGAUGUACAGCCCUGGAACAAAAAUGAUCUUUGCUGGCAUUAAAAAGAAGUCCGAAAGAGCCAAGUUAAUAGCUUAUCUUAAAGAAGCUACUAAUGAGUAACAGGUGGCCACUGCCUUAUUUAUGACAAAACAGAAAUGCCUCACCUUUUUUAUGUGUACCGAAUU